AUGGAUCCCAUCAACUCAAUUUUUACUCCGAUAGCAGAAACCGUAUCGAAUUUAGAUCAAAAACAAAUAGAAACAGAACUUAUAAAGAGAGGGCUUAUUACUUCAGGAACGCUAUCCGAAUUAAGGACUAGACUCUUACAAUAUCUCAUGGGUGAAUCUAUACCCACUGAUUUUACGAAAUAUAAAACACCUACUUCCAACCAAGCGAAUGACAACGAAAAAACCACAAAAAUUACUAGCAAAAAACCAUAUUUUAAACCUGGAACAUUCUCGGGACUAAAUUGGGAAAAUUUUGACUCUUUCAUCAAUAAAUAUAAUAUGUCCGCAUCAAUUAAUGACUGGUCUGACGAAGACAAAAUUCGAUAUUUCCCGGGUUUUCUAGAGGGUACCGCAUUAAAAACAUAUGAAAAUAUACCAGAUAACAGUAAUAUAAAAACUAAAUGGUCAAAUUUAGAAAAACAUUUUCGAAUACAAAUCGAAUCUACCGCCCAAAUUGACAUUCUUCGUUCUCAAUUAGAAAAACGUAAACAACUAGAUGACGAACAACCCAUGGUAUAUAUAACUGUUAUAGAAUCUCUAUGCAGACGUAUCGACCCUUUAAUGAUCCAACAGGAAAUAAUACGCAAUAUCAUGAAGGACCUUAAAUCAGAUAUUAUUAGAUAUGUAGGUUUUAUGGACAACAAUACUGUAGAAAAUCUUAAACAAAAUAUUCAAAAAUUUGAAAAAAUUGAAUUUAUGGCGAGUGGUAGUCUAUACAAUCAAUCACCAUUAAAAAAUAAGGAAUCAACUAUGACCGAAAAUAUUAAUAAAAUCACAAGUCAAUUUAACGAUAAAUUUAAUACUCUUAGCGAACAGUUGAAAACACAAAACACUCAAUAUUUCAGAGAUAAUAAUUAUACUCCGCGCUACAAUUCUUCUAAAGGACAAAAAACAUUUGGAAAAAAUAAUAAUUUCGAAUCCCAAAUACCCCGUACUCAAUGCAAUAACUGUAAAAUAUACAAUCACACUAGUGAAAAUUGUCGUUUUCCCAUAAAUCCGCCGACAUGUCAACUUUGUAAUAGAAUAAGUCACAUUGCUUGCGAAUGCCGACAAUAUUUUAAUCAGUCAAAAAACGAAUAA